CAGUGGGGGGGUGGUGAAGGAUGUUCCCCACCCCCUUUGCUCAGGGACUGUCCGCGCCUGCAGGGUGGCUCUGACCAGGCCGUGUGCACCCCGUGUGCCCUGGGGAGAGGCCACCGUGCAUGUUCAGGAGCAACAUUCUCCUAUCUGAAGUGCUCAGGGAGAAGCUCCAGUGCCACAGGGGAACACUGACAGCCACGACUGAGAUACCCCAGGAGAUGUCAGCCACAGGCAAGGAGCUCCAGGAGAUGCUGUUGGCCACGGCCAAGCUGUCUGCUGAGGCCCCGGCAGCCAUGCCCAGCGUGGUGCUACCCACUGAGGUUGGGAGUGAUCCCUGUGGGGUCGAGCAGCUGCCCUGCCCUGGAAAGUGGGGAACUUGCCCUAGCGAGGUGCCCCCCAUCGUGAUGCCGGUGCUGCCCGCCUCCCUGCAGACACCAGCAGAGCAGUCCAGACGGUUGGUGCCCCGGGGAAGCUGCUUGAUCCACAACUGGCAGGAGGAGAGAGCCACAAACCACAUGGACUCCAUGCCAGGGUGUGAGCCAGGCAGCGAGGGCUUCACCUAUCGGCACGGCCACCACGGGCUGCUGGUCCACCAGCUCCUCUCCUGGCCCACCGACAGCACCACCACGAAGGACACCUACCGCCCACCACACAGGGCCCAGCUGCUGGGGCGAGGGCAGCGGAAGGCCAUGCUGGAGUCCAUGCUCUACCAAAAAUACAGGAAGGAGAUGCUGGAGAAGAUCUGUCCCCAACAGAUGCCCAUGGAGUUAGUCUCCACCACACACCAGGACUACCACGCUAGGGGCUGCCAGUUCAUGCCACCGGCCACCACCCAGCCCCACAACUACCGCACGGAGCAGCCCUGCAGCUUCUGGCUGGAGCAAGCCCGCCAACUGCCUGGUGUCACCAGCAUCCGCAGCUGGGACAGUCCCUUUCGGAGGAACGCAGCCUUCUCCACUCCCAUCACCGAGUACCUAGAGCAGCCCCUGCCCUGUGUCCCCCUGAGCAGCUGGCUCAGGCCCCAAAAGCAAUAA